UUCUAAGCCCAACACCAUGACAAUUGACAAGAACAGAAACUGAUAGGGAUAGCAACUGAAACUGAUCGUCUCCUCACUUCGUCCGUUGUCGUUUUUGAUUCGUUUGCAGCUUUUAGGAUUUCUUAUUGGUUCUGGGUUUUUCUUUUUUAAAAUAAUUUUUAUUUUUAAUAUCGUCUUGGACGUCGCAUACGAGGAGAACAAAAACCUUUUUUGUUUUUUAGUUUUGCUUCUUAAAAACCUCCAUUAAUUACCAGAAACUUGAUACAGUUUUCUCUUCGCUUUGGUAAAAAUAGAGGGGGGGGGGAAUAACUGAAGGAUUUGACCUCAAGGAGAGAGCUUUGUUUUCUUUAUAUGGCGGUUGCUAAAUACCCUUUAUGUUUUCUUUCUCUCUUUGUUAAAGUUGGUUUUAUUUUUCCCUUUAAUUCAUCGAUCCGAAAAGACAGUAGACGAUAAUCGUUUUAGUGUGGCUCCAAACCGUUUUUCUUAGUUGAGUGGCAUUAAGGAUGUCUAAGAGUGAAAAUUCUGGUAGCCCUGGAUGGAGUGCAUCCUUUUUCAUGCCAACUAAAGAGGAUGUUGCUAGAGCAGUUGCUGCCGCUGCUGCAGCUGCAACUGCUGUUCAUUCUCCCCGACCAUCUGCUGUAUAUUCAUUGAAAGAUGAGAAUACCGGUAGUCGAUUCCAGAAGCUACAGCAUCAUGUUUCAAGAGUGUUAAGAGGCUUCUCGCAGUCCUCUGAAGUGAGACUUGGAACUUACAAUCCGGAAAUUCUGACUAGCCAAAAGCGUCAGUGGGCAAGCUUUCAACUGCAAUAUUUGGAUCAUAGAUCUUUUAAGGAACCCUCAAGGUUGUUCGAGAGCAUGGUUGUUGUUGGACUUCCUCCUAGUUGUGAUGUUCAGGCUCCUCAAAGGCAAUAUGUCACUAGACAGUUUGAAGGUUCUGGGAAGCUGCGAAGUGUUCUAAGUUGUCAGAAUAGUUCUCGUGUCGAACCUUGCCUCGAACCCCAGGUCUUAUUUGUUUAUCCACCAGAAAAGCAGCUGCCACUUAAAUACAAAGAUCUUCUUUCUUUUUGCUUCCCUGGAGGCAUCGAGGUUCAUGCUGUUAAGAGAACUCCUUCAAUGAGUGAGCUGAAUGAAAUUUUUCUUUCCCAGGAACACCUAAAACAAAGUGACCUGUCAUUUGUAUUCCGGUUACAGGUUGCUGAUAAUUCCACUUUGUAUGGAUGCUGUGUGUUAGUUGAAGAAUUAGUACAAAAGCCCUCUGGAUUGCUUUCCUUGACUUCAGAUAGACAACCUGCCUACCCGUCUCUGAGUCGUUAUGUAAUGACCACUCGCAGAUGUUAUUGCAUUCUUUCGAGGCUUCCAUGCUUUGAAUUGCACUUUGGUGUUCUGAAUAGCAUUUUUGAUGAAGAAAGGUUGGAACGAUUAACAAAAAGCAUCAGUGAUAUAGAUUUGGAGUUGUCUGAGAAUUAUAGCAAUGAAGCAAAUAUGGAUGAUGCCUUAACGGAGCAAGAAGCAAUGGAGGAUAUGCAGAAUGCAAUGACUGGAACCUCCGAGUUAAGUUCUGAAGAUUCUAAACCUGGAGUUGAUCUGGAAACGAAGACAUUUAAAAGAAAAAAAGAAUCUAGUGGUGCAUUUCCUGAAGAUUGUGAUACUGAUGUUGAUGAUUUCACAACAAAUAAGCAAACAGCAGAACGGCAUUUGACAAAUGCGGUUCUGCCUUUUCUGCGCUAUUAUCAAUAUGAAAGUUCCGAGUCUUCUUGCAGUUUUCAAGGUUCUCCUUGUGAUGACAGGAAUUUGAGGAGUGAUGUUGAUGAUACAGAAACAGAAGAGGCAUCUAUUUCUGGCCAGGAAGAUUCCAGUGAUCACCUUGAUAUCCUUGAAUGGGCUAAGGCAAACAAUCAUGGAUCAUUGCAGAUACUGUGUGAAUAUUACCAGUUACAAUGUCCAACAAGGGGUUCAAAACUCAGGUUUCAUCCUUUGGAGCACCUUCAUCCACUGGAAUAUCAUAGACCUGAUGAACAAGUUCUGCAUAUUGCUGGCUCAACCAUUGAUUUGAGAUCUUGCAAUACAAGUCUUGAAAUUGCUGAGGCAUACACUGCACUUUUGGCAGAAGAAGAAUCAAUCGCUAUGUCAACAUGGGCUGUUGCAUGCACAUGUGGAUCUCUGCGGCUUGAACAUGUGUUAACAGUCUUUGCUGCAACAUUGCUGGAGAAACAGAUUGUGGUUGUUUGUUCAAAUUUGGGGGUCUUAUCUGCUCUUGUUCUGUCAAUUGUCCCUCUGAUCCGUCCAUUCCAAUGGCAAAGCCUCUUGAUGCCGGUUUUGCCAGAUGAUAUGCUAGACUUUUUAGAUGCGCCUGUUCCUUACAUAGUUGGUGUAAAGAAUAAAACCAGCGAAGUGCAGUCAAAGUUGGCCAAUGUCAUUCUGCUUGAUGCUAAUAGGAACCAGAUAAAGGCAUCCACAAUACCACAACUGCCACAGCAUAAGGAGCUCUUUGCAUGCUUAAGUCCUUAUCAUGCAAAGCUUGUUGGUGAAAGUUAUUUGGGGAGGAAAAGACCAGUAUACGAGUGCACAGAUGUGCAGAUUGAAGCUGCUAAAGGUUUUCUCUCGGUUUUAAGAUCAUACUUGGAUUCGCUUUGCUCUAACAUGCGUUCACACACAAUUACAAAUGUACAGUUGAACAAUGAUAAGGUAUCAUUGCUUUUAAAAGAGAGUUUCAUCGAUUCAUUCCCCAGUCGUGAUCGACCAUUUAUGAAGCUGUUUGUAGACACACAACUCUUCACUGUACAUACAGAUCUUGUUCUCUCAUUUAUCCAGAAGGAAUAGGACAACAAUCAUCCAAAGAGGGCCUGCUAUUCCAGUGUUGUAACUUGGACAUAAGUUCAGAAAUGAUUGUAUAAUGUCAAAGUAUGUUAUCAAUAUCAGCCCCCCAAAAAGAAUGUUAUAGUUUUGUAAAAGUAUAUGUUUAUUUUUCCUUGGACCCAAUUCUCCCCUUGCCAUUUUCUACUGGGCACCAUGAAAUUGAAAGAUUAUAACACUUCAAUGAGAUAUUAUCCUGAAAUGGGAUUUUGAUCAAGUUG